CCCUCUUCUCCCGAAAAGUCUGACUCACCUGUGUUCAACUACACACACACACUACUACUAACACAACCGCCAUAACUUUGUGGGCGCAGUGUCGUGGGGAAUGGUGUAAAAGUACCGCAUUCAAACUUUGCAGACUUGUGGCAGUCUAGAUAAUUUCGAGUUUCGAUAGCGAAGGGGACCAAAACAUGGAAGUUAUUCCAGAACAGGACGAUGUUAGACCGAUACAAGAGCACGAGGACAUGGUUGUCGACUCGGCCGAGGAUGAGAGCGACGGAAACACAGUUUUUCUGCGUGCAGCAAGGGACGGAAAUCUUCAGGAUGUACUAGAAUACCUGAAGGGCAGCACUGACAUCAACACCAGCAAUCCGAAUGGGUUGAACGCCCUACAUCUAGCGUCCAAGGAGGGGCACAUCAACAUCGUAACAGAACUCCUAAAGCGCGGAGCUAAUGUUGAAGCCGCCACAAAGAAAGGGAAUACAGCCCUUCACAUCUCAUCCUUGGCGGGCCAUGAGGAAAUCGUCAAGCUUCUCGUUGUCAGCGAGGCCAAAGUCAACGUUCAAGCUCAGAUGGGUUUCACUCCUCUGUACAUGGCAGCCCAAGAGGGUCACUCAGAGGUGGUCAAGUAUCUGCUGGCCAGCGGAGCUAACCAGAGUCUGGCCACAGCUGAUGGAUUCACUCCCCUGGCUGUAGCUCUUCAGCAGGGACACGAGCGUGUGGUUAGCUGUCUUCUAGAACACGACACAAAGGGACGUGUCCGUCUACCAGCAUUGCACAUCGCCGCAAAGAAGGACGACAUCAAAUCGGCAGCCCUUCUCCUGCAAAAUGAACAGAACGAUGUGGACUCCGUAACCAAGAGUGGAUUCACUCCCUUGCAUAUUGCUGCUCACUAUGGAAACAUAAACGUGGGUUCACUGCUCAUCUCCAAAGGAGCAGACGUCAACUACAAAGCCAAGAACAACAUCACCCCCCUCCAUGUGUCAUCCCGAUGGGGCAAGGACAAGAUGGUCGUCUUACUGCUGGACAACAAAGCUGCCAUUGAUGAAAAGACCAGGGAUGGACUUACUCCCCUCCACUGUGCGGCCAGAAGUGGACAUGAGAAUGUGGUGGACCUUCUCCUGGAGAGGGGAGCGCCCUUCUCGAGUAAAACUAAGAAUGGACUGACCCCUCUGCAUAUGGCAGCCCAGGGUGACCACAUGGACUGUGCCCGCCUCCUCCUGUACCACAGGGCACCUGUUGAUGAUGUCACAGUGGACUACCUAACACCUCUGCAUGUGGCAUCUCACUGUGGAAAUGUGAAGACCGCCAAACUUCUACUGGACAGGAAGUGCGACCCCAAUACUAGGGCUCUGAACGGAUUUACGCCUCUCCACAUCGCGUGUAAGAAGAACAGGAUCAAGGUUGUUGAGCUCCUCCUCAGGUUUGGUGCCAACAUCGAGGCAACCACAGAGUCUGGCCUUACUCCUCUUCAUGUGGCGUCAUUCAUGGGUCACAUGAACAUUGUGAUCUACCUGAUCCAAAACAAUGCCAACCCAGACUUCCCGACUGUGCGAGGGGAGACCGCCCUCCACCUCGCCGCUCGCGCCAACCAGACUGACAUCAUCAGGAUCCUCCUCCGCAAUGGGGCCACCGUGGAUGCACGCGCAAGAGAACAGCAAACUCCGUUACAUAUUGCGGCCAGGCUCGGAAACGUUGACAAUGUGACACUACUCCUACAGCACGGGGCGUCACCCGACGCUGUCACCAAGGAUUUGUACACGCCCCUCCACAUCGCUUCCAAGGAGGGUCACGAGGAGGUCGCCUCUGUGCUCCUGGACCAGGGAGCUACACACAGCCUCACAACCAAGAAAGGGUUCACUCCCCUGCACAUUGCUUCCAAGUAUGGGAACAUCAAGGUGGCCCGCCUGCUUCUACAGAAGGACGCGAACCCCGACGUCCAGGGCAAGAACGGUUUGACGCCCUUACAUGUGGCCACUCACUAUAACCACGUCAGCGUGGCACUCCUUCUGCUCGACAAUAAGGCGUCACCACACAGCUCUGCCAAGAAUGGAUACACGCCACUACACAUCGCCGCAAAGAAGAAUCAGAUGGACAUCGCUACGACGCUGCUGGAGUUCAGCGCGAACCCUGAUGCAGAAUCUAAGAACGGGUUCACUCCACUCCACUUGGCGUCCCAGGAAGGACAUACCGAUAUGGUGUCCCUACUACUGGAACACAAGGCCAAGGUCAACUCAAAGGCCCACAACGGCCUGACUCCCAUGCACUUGGCCGCGCAAGAAGACAAGGUCAACAUUGCUGAAGUGCUGGUCAAGUACGGGUCAAACACUGACCCCUCGACAAAGGCUGGCUACACUCCCCUGCACACUGCCUGCCAUUUUGGACAGAUCAACAUGGUUCGCUUCCUGUUGGAACAGGGCGCAUCAGUGAGCGCAACUACCAAGCUUGGAUACACUCCACUUCACCAGGCAGCUCAGCAAGGACACGUACAGGUCGUAAACCUUCUCCUGAAAAACAAGGCCUCUCCAAACGCCGUCACCAAUAAUCACCAAACGGCUUUGUCCAUCGCCCAACGCCUAGGGUAUCUUUCUGUUGUCGACACACUAAGCUCCGUCACCGAGGUAACAGAAACUGUGCCGGCUUCGGAGGACAAAUACAAGGUCGUUUCCCCGGAAACCAUGCAAGAUACACUGUUAUCAGACUCAGAAGAUGAAGGAGGAGAUGACUUUUUGCCACAAUCACCCUUGUUUGGAAAGCCUCUCUCUGAAACUCACGUCUAUCUCCCAUACUAUGAAGGAAGCAAAAUACGUUCUCGUGAGGACAGCAUCUCCCUGGAGCGAGGCGAGAGCUCCUCACCACUGGACACUUCGUACGAAAAGGACAUUCUGCGCCACCCCAUGAGUGAGGACCAGCGACGUCGUAUCAAGAGCGAGAUAAGCUCAGCCAUGAGGUAUCCCUCCUAUUUAGAGCGAGGCCCCGAUUACGAGGCUGAGAUGAGGUACUAUAGCGGGGACACCCUAUCACCACACGGACGGGACGUUUCUGGGCGAGGCGACAGUGUGUUUGGGGGAGAAUAUUCAACGCUCGACCGUUUGUCAGUGGGAAAGUCCCAUGAUUCGUCUUUUGUCUCCCAAACUGAUGGCAAAUCACGCAUCACUGAGGAAAGUAGCGAACUCGAGUACGGUGACGAUUUCGAUGAUGCAAUGAAAAAGAGUACAAGCACUGUUCAAUAUGCGGAGGAUUUCUAUUUGCGGAAAUCUGUACGUUAUGGCAAAGAUCAGGCCAGUAACCGCCGUGUGUACCCGGGCUCGGCCUACCGUUCCCAUCCUGAUCGAGCCCCGGGGUACGCCGAAUCUAUCAGUAUCAAUAGCAUUGAUUUGAAUGAUGAAUUCAAAUUUUUGCCCGACGACUCGGUUGCUAGGGAAGAAUCUGAACCAAUAACUCCUUCAGAGGACUACAUGGAAGCUCAGAUGAUGUCCCAGUCGUACUCUCAGUACUCCUCCGCUCCCCCUGACAACCGCCUACUCACCGGUACCUCCAAAAUGGAGAGUUCCCGUUUUAGCUCCUACAGUGGAUCGUCAUUCAACGCCAGCUUCGACCCCGACAAUGUGGCCAUUGAUCGCACUCCAACUUACUCUGGCAAACUGAAAUGGAAAAGUUUCCUCAUCAGCUUCAUGGUGGACGCCCGUGGGGGCGCCAUGAGGGGGCGUCGACACUCUGGGGUCCGGAUCAUCAUCCCCCCUAGAAAAGCCUCCAUGCCCACCCGCGUUACCUGUCGCCUGAUCAAGAAGGAAAAACUGAUGCACCCCCUCCCCAUCAACGAGGGUGAGGCCCUCGCUGCCAGGAUCCUUGAGAUGGGACCAGUAGCUACCAAGUUCCUAGGCCGCAUUGUGAUUGAGAUCCCCCACUUCGCUUCACUGAGAGGAAAGGAACGUGAGAUCAAGAUUCUGAGGAGUGACAACGGCGAGAAAUGGGAGGAGCACCCGAUCCUAGCAACAGAUGAUGCUGUCAACAAGGCGCUGAAUGAGAGUCUGGAAGACUUAGAACAUGAGGAUGACUUGGCUAACAAGCGCAUCACACGUAUCCUGACUGACGACUUCCCACGCUACUUCGCACUGGUGACAAGGGUUCGGGAGGAACGACAGUCCGUAGGAGAAGAAGGCGGAGUAAUCAGUUCCACUGUCGUGCCUCAGGUUCAAGCAGUUUUCCCUGAGGGCGCUCUCACGAAGAAAAUUCGUGUUGGCUUACAGGCACAACCAAUCAGCCCCGACCUUGUUGCCAAGCUACUUGGUAACCGUGUGGCCGUCAGUCCAAUCGUAACUGUGGAACCAAGACGACGUAAAUUUCACAAGACCAUCACCUUGACGAUCCCGGUUCCGAAAGCACAACAAAAAGGAAUGAUAAAUCCGCAUCGUGAUGACCUCCCAACUCUCCGAGUACUCUACAGUAUAUCCGGCUCGAACAACUCUUUAAACAAAGAGGGAACUGAUAGUGCCAUUUGGGAUGACUUGACUGAUCAGACGCAACUCAAACUUGUCAACGACUGUGUCUCCUUCACGACUAGAGUGUCAGGAAGAUUCUGGUUGAUGGAUUGCCAGAAUUAUUCCGAUGCGACGAGGAUGGCCACAGAGCUGUACCGAGAGGCAGUGGUGGUACCCUAUAUGGCACGGUUUGUUGUGUUUGCCAAACGCACUGGUGAACAAGAAGGCAAGCUACGUAUGUUCUGCAUGACAGAUGACAAGAUCGAUAAGACUCUUGAAAAACAAGAGCAUUUCGUGGAAGUAGCACGGAGUCGAGACGUAGAGGUGUUAGAAGGCCGACAACAGUUUGUGGAGAUGGCUGGUAAUCUCAUCCCGAUUACCAAGUCCGGUGACCAACUCUACGUCGAUUUCAAAGCUUUUCGAGAGAACCGACUCCCGUGUACUGUGAGAAUCCGUGACCUUGACCAAGAGCCGGCAGCACGUGUGGCAUUCAUGAAGGAGCCUAAGGUGGCUCGCGGAGAGGUGCCACAGACCCCCAUCUGUAACCUGAAUAUCUCCCUUCCCGACAUGUCCACAUCUAGCUCCAUGGAGAUGGACGGGGACGCUGCCCUUGAGCUACGUAAACGCUCCUCUCUGCUCAAGGAGUAUGGCAUUGUGAUAGAGGACACUGUAAGCCGGGCUAAAAUCAAACUGAACGAUGUCGCCGACUCCCUUAAGGGUGACUGGGUCUUCCUGGCCCAACAACUGGACUUCACAUCAGGGGAGAUAAACCAGAUCAAGAAUGAUUACAACACUGUUAACGACCAGGCUCUUGCCAUGCUUCAGCUUUGGGUUGCCAAGGACAAAGAACAAGCCACAGGCAAUGCGUUAGAGAAAGCCUUAACCAGGAUAAACAGAGAAGAUGUUGUCAAAAAGUGUAUGUACAAUGUGGAAACAGUAGAAGAUGAAGUAGAGGCAGCAGCAGCUAGGGUAGCUAUGGACCAAUCAGGUUUUGACACUUUUACGGAAGAAGUUGGUAUUUCCAGAGAUUCCUCCAUGAAACGAGGCAUGUCUUUGGAUGUCCAGUAUGAUGAACAAGACAUCAUCAAGGAAUCAGAAUCUGUAGCAGAAGAAUCAGGAAGUGACGUUGGUUCAGUUGAGGAGAGGUCGGCACCACAGGCACGCGAGGAAGAUACCGAACAGGGUGACGACGAUCAAAUUGUUAUGGAGGUCGACUCCCGAAGGGGGGUCGCCAAAGAGGAAGUCAAACAUGAAAGCAACCAGGAAGACUUCAUCGAUUUGAUUUCACAAUUGGAUAAAUAUGCUGAAGUGAAAGACAGAAAGCAGACAAAGCAACAAGAUACGGAUGAUAGGCAAUCUAUCCAGGAGGAUGAGCUCACACAAAAUCGUCACGAUCGUGAUGUCGCUGCCUACGAAUUAUUUUCUAAACUGGAGGAAGUUGGUCAGCAAAGUGCUCCACAGCAAAUGGCUGCACAAAGCCAAGACACCGAGGACCAGGAGGGAACAAGGACUCCACCCCCGAGUCCCGUGGAGAAAAGUUUCCUCUCAGAUCAAGAAAUGCUUUGUUGCCUGACAAUUCUUCUUGUCCUUUCACUUGCUGCUAAUCACACCUCCACAGGCGAGAGUUCUGUGCUUACUAAUCUCGCGGAAACUGCAGAUGAGUACGAGGAAAUAUACACGGAGGAGAUUGAGGAAAUUUUCCAAGAGUCUGAUGACAAUGGUAAAACGUGGAAAACUGUCAAAAAAAUAACCACCAUUACGCCGUCUGGUACGACGGAGCAAACCGUGGUUAUGGAAGGUACUAAAAAUAGCACAGCUUUGUGUAACGGGGACCGAUCUCCACGCCAGCAAGUUGCACCAGAUUCUGAAGCAAUCGAGGCCUUAGCUCAAAGUUUAUCCUUCGGUGAGCCCCCGAGGGACGAGGCUUCCCAACCAGAGGAAACUGUGCAUCCGUAUGGGGAAGAUUUAAGCCCACAAGCGGUCACUGACGACUUGCAACAGGAUGUGGCUUCAGAGCAACAGGUCUUGCCUGUGACCCAAGGGUCAGAGUUCACGGCUCCUCCUCCCUUGGAUGAGGAUGUUGUCAACAGUCAGUUUGAGUUCUUAGAGGAAGAAAUAAAUAAAUCUAAUAUUGAAACUGAACAGUGUGUUGCUGGGAGUUUAGAUACUGAAAUUCCUACUUUGCAAUCAGACAUUGAAACUCGUAAAUCUCUACAAAUGGAUGAUUCUUCGAGUGUUGACCCCCAAACCAUAGAACCCGACAUGGGCAAAGUUGUUGAAAGUUUGCGGCAGGAUCUAACGAGGGAAGCUACUCCACCAGAGCCUGCAGAAAGGAGAUCCUCCAGUUUGUCUUCGUCGUCCUUUUCGUCAUCUUCCCAUUCUUUGUCUGAUUGCGAAGCAGAGGAGAUAAAGGAAGAUGUUCCAGUUCCUUCUGAACCAUCAGAGUUCAGAGAGACAUCACCUGGAGAAGACAGACUCAUUCAGGGUGGGGAUAAUUUACAAAUGUCUCGGCCACAAGACUACACACCGCAAUAUACAGAAACUACUGUUGAUGAGACAAACCUGAAAACUGGUGCCGAAGAACUAGCUUCAGGUGAAGGUGAUAGAAUACAUUCAACUUCGUCGGAACCGAAAGAAGACUUGGAAUCUUUGGCAGAUGUCCAUGAGUCUCCUGCCGCGGAAUUGUCUACAGUUGAUGUUCCUGAGUUUGUACAAGAAAGUGUCCUCAGUGAUGUUCCUGUCCAAGAAACCAGUAUUGGCGAUGUGAAGGAAAUGAAACCUGUUCAGAAAACCAGUGUUGACGAUGUUCAGGAAGGGAAACCCGUUCAGGAAACCAGUAUUGACGAUGUGAAGGAAACGAAAACUGUUCAGGAAACCAGUGUUGACGAUGUUCAGGAAGGGAAACCCGUUCAGGAAACCAGUAUUGACGACGUUCAGGAAGGGAAACCCGUUCAGGAAACCAGUGUUGACGAUGUUCAGGAAGGGAAACCUGUCCAGGAAACCAGUAUUGACGAUGUUAUUGCUGAGCAAUCUAAUCUUGUUCAAGAAACGAGUGAAGGAGGUGUUCUUGUUGAGGAAUCUAAACCAGUACAAGAAACAGUUAUUGAUGAUGUUUCUAGGCCAGAGCCAGCAUCACAAGAAACACCGACGGAUGAUCAUUAUGAUUCUCUCACUAGUACAUCUUCUGUAGAAAUAGACCAACAGGCAGAUUCUUCAAAGGAUUCCGACUUGGAUGACAUUUUAGAGUCAAAUAUUGGACAUUUGCAACCAGCCGAAAUAAGUGGUGGUAUCUCUGGUUUGGAGAAAUACCAACAUGAUGAAGAGGAAGAUGAACUCUCGUCAAGUUCUAGUUCGUCCUCAAGUUCGAACAGGUCUGGAGAACACGACUUGCAGCAGCAGUUGGCUGGUUCAGGCAUACAUGAACCACUAACGGACAUUCUAGAGCAUGUUGAUGAGACAGAUUCGCACCAAGUCAAGUCAGAGAAAGAUGAUGAACCAGUUGCUUCUCCUGGUUCAGAUUUUGACACUGCUUGUGUUGAGCAUGAGGUUCUCCCAGGCAGUGCAGAGCAUGAAUCUAUCCCAGACGAUCAACAAGAAAAAUUAGAAUCCGAACUGGUAGAGAAAUCUCACGAAACCAAAGAUACUGAUGAACAUAUCAUUGAGCAAGGUGAAUCCCGUCCAAAAGAAAAUGUUACUGAUUUUGUGGAACCAGAUGAGGAGUUUGGUAAUAAAAGUAGUUCUUUAUGUCGAAGCAGUUCUUCAAGUCAUACUACUUACUUGAGUGGAGACGAAGCUUCUUAUCCGUCAGACUCGGAAGAUUGGAAGGCUACGGGAGAAGGCUAUGUGGACAGAGAGGAACAGUACGAAGUUAGGGAAGACAGAGCAUCAGUGGAGAGGGUUCUUUCCCAGGAAGGUCAGGCUGGCAUACAUGUAACAGGAACACAAGUUGUGGAGGUAGUGACAACCAAACAGGAAUCUUCCCAUGAAGAAUGUCGGCCUACUACAGAGGACCUAGAAGUGGACGAACAAGAUUUGCAGACACUUGCGGUGGAGGUAGUGACGACCAAACAGGAAUCUUCUGUCGAGGAAUGUCAACCUGCUAUAGAUGACAUAGAGGAAGGUGAACAGGAGUCUGCAAUGCUAGCUGUGGAGGUAGUGAUGACCAAGGAAAAAUCUACCAUCGAGGAAUGUCAGCCUGCUACAGAGGAUAUAGAGGAUGAACGAGAGUCGAUGGCAGAGUCCUUUGUUGACAGAGCUGAACAAUAUGAGGCUGGAGGCGACAAAACAUCUGUGGAGAGGGUGCUUACUGAGGCUGGUCAGGCAGUGGUCGAUGGUGAGGCAGAACACAAAAAGCAAGUAGCAUUUGAGGAAGUUACGAAGACAGAAGAAUCUACCAUUGAGGAAUGCCAGCCUCCAGCUGAGGAUGUCGAAGAUUCUACACAGGGUGAGUCUGGGGUGGUGGAAGAAGGGGGCGAGGUUAAACAUUUGCCCCCAGUUGAGGCAAGAGGGCCUCUAAUGGAGGUAGGGACGGUAGAAACUAAAGAGAAGAAAGAAGGCAGUCCUCUUGAGUGGCGGUACCCGGGUGACUCUGACGAAGGCGAUACUGAGGGAGAAGUGUUCGAUUCAGAUAUACCACCCGAGGAGACACGAUACGAGGAAACUCUUCCUGAUGGCACAGUGGUCAAGCACAAAAAGAUUCGCAAGUUUUCGCGCCAGCCAACGAUUGAUGCCGAAGAUGAAGUGAAAUGUACAGAGGAGCUCACAGAAUCCGAGGGUCCGAUAAAAGAGGAAAUUGAUGUCCAGGAGUCGGAAGAAAUUCUUCCCGAUGGCACAAUUCACUCUUUCCAAAAGGUCAGACGACAUUCCGUUAAACAUAUCCGCAAGAUUCUCAAGUCAGAGACUGGAGAUGAGGACAUUUUCGAGGGUGAUGUUACAAUUCCUGGCACCAAUAGGGAAGACAUCAUUGAAACAUUUGAGGAACCUGCACGACAGGUUCGGGAUGUCGAAGACAUUGAGGACACUUUGCCUGAUGGUACGAAAGUAAAAAAGCAGAUCAUCUCAAGUCGCAUGGUUCAUCGCAUCCUCACGCACCAUGAGUCUGUUGAUGAAGGAGGUGAGAAACAAGAAGAACGUUACGAAAUUGAUGAAAUCAUUCCUGGCACAGAAUCUUGCUUCAUUGAAUGUGACGAGUCCUCAUCUUCAUCAUCUGACUCCUACACAGAUGAAGAUGAUGACCUAGGAGCCGAGAUUCAUGCAGAUCUUGGUGAGGUCGAAGAAGUCCUCGGAGAUGGAAGUGUUAUUCGUAAACGUAAGAUUGAAAGUCAUGAGACCAUCAGAGUCAAAUCCCAGUCCGGCGACAUUGACGAAGCUGAAACCUCCAAAACCAUAACCGAAGAAAGAUACAUCCCCAGUCCGCGAUCCAUGUCUCCGGUGACCGUUGAAGAUAAUCGAGAUUUUCCUGAUAUGGCUAAAGAGGUCGUUCAAAGGACAAUCAGAUCAGCCCAUUUUGAUGCGGUCCAGAAAGGCGAUGAGAUAGAAACGUCCUUCGAUAAAACAGAGGAUGAAAUGGUGGCGCCAUCUGGGCAUAUGCUUACGGAAGCUGCAGAAGCAGAAUGGAAGGAGCUGGAAGAAAGUGGAUUUACCAAACGGAAGGUCAAAAAGGUCACCUACGACCCUCAUCAGCCAACUGUGAUUGGUGAAUCUGAAUGCUACAGAGACAUCCUCCCAAAAUGCAACGGGUCUGCCAUUUUGAAUAUUUCAGUAACCCCAGCGCAGAACUCCUCUGAUACACCAACUAUUACUAUCACAGAGGAUCACAGUGUUCCCCCAGAUGAUGACGAUUAUGUUUCCUAUUUUGGGAUAAAAACAGCUCGUAGUGUAGAGGUAGAUGUAGAAGUACACGUCGAGUCAACUGAGAAGCGGCGCAGUGUGGCCGAAAUUAUUCAGAAAUUUGAACCUGUCUCUCAGGGGUCAAAAGGUGAACAGUUCACAGAAGAAGAUAUGGCUUCCAGGGGGGAAAUUUCGUCCGUUUUCACUGAAGAGGAGGUUUCGACCAAGUAUGCUGAAGAGGAGGUUUCGACCAAGUAUGCUGAAGAGGAAAGUGUAAUGACACAAUCUUUGGAGGAAGUCGUUUCUAUGGAAACAGUUGCCAAGGAGAGGGUUUCGACAAAGACUUUUGAAUCUUCCAAGGAGAGAACAUCUUCAGCAUCAACUUUCGUGGAGACAGUUGUGGAACCAGAAUUCAAAACUGUUCAAGAGAGUGGUGAAAUUUUACAUAGACCUUACGAACCUUAUGAAGCUUUAGAAAAGAAACAACCAAUUGCAGAUGGGACGUCUUCUUCAGAGGAAGAGGACGUACCACCUCCAAUUGUGCGCAGUAUUAAACCUGUUGCAAAUAUAGUUCAGAAAAUGGAAACAAAAAUUGAGAAAAUUCGUCAAGAAGUUCGUAGGGAUAGUUUGUCAGAUAAUGGUUCAGGGACAGAAACCAAACCGUCAGACGAGGAUUUUUCUUACGAACAAAAAGAAUGGGUAAGUGAAUCAUUCACACACCAAGAAACUGGUCCAAAUGUUGCCGCUGCUGCUGAGGGUGAGGAGGAGGAAGAUGAUGACGAUGAUUGGGAGGUGGUUGACAAAGAUGAAAUAGAAGAAGAAUAUGACGAAGAAGCAGUCCCCUUUCGUCUUCCAUCCCCUCAUGAACAAGACGUGUCUUUGACGGAGGAAACUUCAGAAGAACCCCACUUCCAGAAAAUAACAAAAACAGAGGAACGCGUCGUCGAGAGAACAACCAGAGAGGACUUCAGAUCACAUACAGAAAAAAGUGAUGAACUGAAAUAUGAGGAAAGCCAUGAAAAAUCUACUGAAUCUAAGAAUGUCAAAUUUGAACAGAAAUCUUAUCAAGACUUUUCAUUGACAAAAUUUGAAAACGUGGAGGAAAAAAGUGCUGAAAGUGUUUAUUCAAAGACGGAACAAAACAGACACAUAACACAUGUGGAAAUAAAAGACGAAGAUAAUCUGUAUCGGACACAUGAGAAACCAAUGGACGUAGAUGACAGCCAAGAAAUGGGAGACAUUUCCCCUCUUCGUGAGGACAUUAGAAUUGAUAAUCGAAUGGAGGAAGAGGAGGAUGAACUCUCUGACCUAAGCCAUUCAUCUGCUGGUGACACAAUAGAAAUUGCUGAUAACGGAUCAGACCGUAGUGAAAUUGAAAGCCCAAUUGAGUUCAAGCAAGACAGGCUUGAACAAAGUUUGAAGGCUGAGGAGAGGGAACAGGCACUGCAAAUGGCCACUCAAAUGUCUACGGGUGUUGAGGAGGAAUAUCUGUCUGAUCAGCAACAACAAAGUGCUACACAAAAUGAUGAGAAUCUCUUUCUCGGGCGGGAGUCGGAUCUCGUGACAGGAUCCGAGUCUGUUACUGUUAUUCCCGAUGAAAAACCUGAGGAAAUUGACACAACAGAAUUUAAUCAAAGACAGGACAAACCAAUUCAAGAUAUUCCACAGGAAUAUGCCUCCUUUUUUGAACAGGAAAUAGUUGUCCAAGCUUCAACUAAAGAAGUGUCAUUCGCAACGGAGCAAAAUGUAGAAUCUAAAAUGGAAGGGGGAAAGGUAGAAGUCAUACAGACAGAGGAAUCUUUGUCUGAACAAAGCCAGGAGCGUAUUAGAGAAAUUGCAUCAUUUCUAGAACACGAAAUAGUUGUAGAGGCUCCAAAAAUAGACGAGGUACCUUCAAAGGUUGAGGCGACCGAUGAGGAGGAAGAUGAAGAAGAAGAAGAUUUCAUUGAGACAGAAUGUGUGAUGUCUUGGGAGGAAUAUCAGUCACAGAAUUUUGAUCACAGAACAUCUGAUCAGGAAGAGGAAUACGAAACAGCAGAUUUCAAAGAAAUUCAACAGGAACAGGUUGAAAUCAAACAAGAAAGUGUAGAUCACACAGAAUUAUUUACUACAGUCAAACAGGAGGCUUACUCCGUCGAGGAAACAACUGAAAUCAAACCGAUUCAUAUGGAAACCAAGGAAUCUGCUUCCCUAGAUAUUCCAGGGGAAAAGGAUUUGUUGGAAGACAAGGAGAAUAUAGAACCAGUGAAGGAGAUACACGUGGCUACGAGUGAGGAACCUACGGUAUACACCAAUGUUGAUUUCAUUGAACCCUUGGAAACUGUCCAGGACCUGACCGGUGCUCAUAGCCUUCAAACCAAAGAAACUUUUGAGGAUGAUGAUAAAGAAAACCAGAAACCAGAUCAUCAUUUAUUUUUAGAAGCGAAAGAGGAAACCGCUGUUUAUGAUCAAAUUGAGUCUGUCUCUCCUCUGGAAAAGAGUAAAGACACUGUUCACGAGGCUGAGUUCAUCCCUGCUGAACAAGAUGCAAAACUGGAACAUAUCUCUGAAAAUGUUGAUGACUUACCCCAAAUUCAAACUGAGAAGCUUCAAAGUGAACAACAGGAGGCGGAGCCAGUUGAAGUAGAAGAGAUGAUUGUAUCCACCGAUAUCAAGCAUGACGAGGCAGUACCUGCCACCAUCUUCACUGCUCCUCCCCCUCCUCCUUUGUACGAUGACCACGAAUUCUCCUCUGAAUCCGAGGGUGAAGGUGUCCUAGACUCGGAGGAGGAAAGCGAGGAUGAAAUACAAGUCAUUGUCUCUACAAGGCAGACAGAGCUGAUAGAUGACCAAUAUGAGCAGCCAGAACAACAAGCUCAUGAGGACAAAUUUGAACAACCAGAACAAGUUCACAAGGACAAAUUUGAACAACCAGAACAAGAUCAUGAGGACAAAUUUGAACAACCAGAACAAGUUCAUGAGGACAAAUAUGAACAAGCAGAACAAGUUCAUGAGGACAAAUUUGAACAACCAGAACAAACUCAUGAAGACAAAUUUGAACAACCAGAACAAGCCCAUGAGGACAAAUUUGAACAAGUAGAACAAGUUUAUGAAGACAAAUAUGAACAACCAGAACAAGUUUAUGAGGACAAAUUUGAACAAAUAGAACAAGUUUAUGAGGAAAAAUAUGAACAACCAGAACAAACUCAUGAGGACAAAUUUGAACAACCAGAACAAGUUUAUGAGGACAAAUUUGAACAACCAGAACAAGUUCAUGAGGACAAAUUUGAGCAACCAGAACAAACUCAUGAGGACAAAUAUGAACUACCAGAACAAGCUCAUGAGGACAAAUAUGAACAACCAGAACAAGCUCAUGAGGACAAAUUUGAACAAACAGAACAAACACAUGAAGACAAAUAUGAACAACCAGAGCAAGUUUAUGAGGACAAAUAUGAACAACCAGAACAAACUCAUGAGGACAAAUAUGAACAACCAGAACAAGUUCAUGAGGACAAAUAUGAACAACCAGAACAAACUCAUGAGGACAAAUAUGAACAACAAGAACAAACUCAUGAGGACAAAUAUGAACAUCCAGAACAAACUCAUGAGGACAAAUAUGAACAACCAGAACAGGUUUAUGAGGACAAAUAUGAACAACCAGAACAAGUUCAUGAGGACAAAUAUGAACAACUAGAACAAGCUCAUGAGGACAAAUUUGAACAACCAGUACAAACUCAUGAGGACAAAUUUGAAAAACUAGAACAAGUUCAGGAGGACAAAUAUGAACAACCAGAACAAGAUUUUGAGGACAAAUAUGCACAUCCAGAACAAGUUCAGAAGGACAAAUUUGAACAACCAGAACAAUUUUUUGAGGACAAAUAUGAACAACCUGAACAAACUCAUGAGGACAAAUUUGAGCAACCAGAACAAGUUCAUGAGGACAAAUAUGAACAACCAGAACAAGUUCAUGAGGACAAAUAUGAACAACCAGAACAAACUCAUGAGGACAAAUAUGAACAACAAGAACAAACUCAUGAGGACAAAUAUGAACAUCCAGAACAAACUCAUGAGGACAAAUAUGAACAACCAGAACAGGUUUAUGAGGACAAAUAUGAACAACCAGAACAAGUUCAUGAGGACAAAUAUGAACAACUAGAACAAGCUCAUGAGGACAAAUUUGAACAACCAGUACAAACUCAUGAGGACAAAUUUGAAAAACCAGAACAAGUUCAGGAGGACAAGUUUGAACAAGUUCAGGAGGACAAAUAUGAACAACCAGAACAAGAUUUUGAGGACAAAUAUGCACAUCCAGAACAAGUUCAGAAGGACAAAUUUGAACAACCAGAACAAUUUUUUGAGGACAAAUAUGAACAACCUGAACAAACUCAUGAGGACAAAUUAGAACAACCAGAGCAAGUUCUUGAGGACAAAUUUGAACAACCAGAACAAGUUCAUGAGGACAAAUUUGAACAACCAGAACAAGUUCAUGAGGACAAAUUUGAACAACCAGAACAAGUUCAUGAGGACAAAUUUGAACAACCAGAACAAGUUCAUGAGGACAAAUUUGAACAACCAGAACAAGUUCAUGAGGACAAAUUUGAACAACCAGAACAAGUUCAGGAGGACAAAUUUGAACAACCAGAACAAGUUCAUGAGGACAAAUAUGAACAACCAGAACAAGUUCAGGAGGACAAAUUUGAACAACCAGAACAAGUUCAUGAGGACAAAUAUGAACAACCAGAACAAACUCACGAGGACAAAUAUGAACAACCAGAACAAGUUCAGGAGGACAAAUAUGAACAACCAGAACAAGUUCAGGAGGACAAAUUUGAAAAACCAGAACAAGUUCAGGAGUAUGGAUUUGAACAACCAGAACAAGUUCAGGAGGACAAAUAUGAACAACCAGAACAAGUUCAGGAGAACAAAUAUGAACAACCUGAACAAUAUUUUGAGGACAAAUUUGAACAACCAGAACAAGUUCAUGAGGACAAAUAUGAACAACCAGAACAAGUUCAGGAGGACAAAUUUGAACAACCAGAACAAGUUCAUGAGGACAAAUAUGAACAACCAGAACAAACUCAUGAGGACAAAUAUGAACAACCAGAACAAGUUCAGGAGGACAAAUAUGAACAACCUGAACAAUAUUUUGAGGACAAAUUUGAACAACCAGAACAAGUUCAUGAGGACAAAUAUGAACAACCAGAACAAGUUCAGGAGGACAAAUUUGAACAACCAGAACAAGUUCAUGAGGACAAAUAUGAACAACCAGAACAAACUAAUGAGGGCAAAUAUGAACAACCAGAACAAGUUCAGGAGGACAAAUAUGAACAACCUGAACAAUAUUUUGAGGACAAAUUUGAACAACCAGAACAAGUUCAUGAGGACAAAUAUGAACAACCAGAACAAGUUCAGGAGGACAAAUUUGAACAACCAGAACAAGUUCAUGAGGACAAAUAUGAACAACCAGAACAAACUAAUGAGGGCAAAUAUGAACAACCAGAACAAGUUCAGGAGGACAAAUAUGAACAACCUGAACAAUAUUUUGAGGACAAAUUUGAACAACCAGAACAAACUCAUGAGGACAAAUAUGAACAACCAGAACAAGUUCUCAACGACAAAUAUGAACAACAUGAGGAAAGUUAUGAACAUCGCACCAUGGAGAUGCAAGAAGAAAUAAAACAAGAUCAACACGAGGAAUUUGUUCAUGACAGUUUCAAACUUGUUGAUGAGAGUAGAGAUGAACAGGUUUUCAGUGCAUACACUAUCAAAGCUGAGGAAGCAGAUGAUGAAGAAGACAGGGAAGUUGCCUCUCAUCUUAAGCCUGAGGCACAAGAGAAAAAUGUGCUACAGGAGUCAGGAGUUCAAGAUUUAGACGAGCAUAUACCAGAAAAAAUUGACGGGGAUAUGGUCCAUGAUGAUGAAAAGGAUGAUUUAGAUGAAUUUAUUGCAGAGACAAAGCAGGAUGAGGAUGACUUGGAUUUAUCCGACAAUGAACAGAAGGAAUUUGAAAGCCUUGAAAUAGAAAUCGCUAAGGAGGAAAAAGUCCUCAAGGAGGAAAGUGCUGCUCUUAUUGAAUCCUUGGAGGAGAUCAAGGAUGACAUCAUGGACUCGGACGAUGAGGGAGAGGAACUUAAGGAUGAUAUGGACUCCGAAGAGGAGUUUGUGUCUGAUGAGGAUAUCCCUGAUCAAGAAGAAGAGUGCACUUCAGAAGAACCCUAUGCUACAGACCGGGCUUCGCCACAGACAGAACAACAGCAAGAGCAAGAAGAGGAACAGUCAGACAAACCUAUACACCAGGUGAUGCCUGAUUUUUGCUCUUUUCUGUCUGACGAAGACUUGGUAGAAAAACCUGUUAGGAUGUCGGUGUCGCAAGACUCUUUUGAUAAAGAUCGGCGUGAGAGUUAUGACAAUGAUGCAGAUGUUUUCAAAGAAAGUGAACAGUUGCCUGAGCAGGAAAGACAAACUUUCCUCCCCUAUGAUGGACACAUUUCUUCUGAACACGACGAACAUGAACUCCCUCAUGAACAGGAAGAACAACAAGUUUUGAAAGAACAGGAACAAGAUUAUCCACCUGUUUACCAGGAAUAUGAGCAGCAAGAAUCGUACAUCCACAAGAAACUACUAAUCGACAAAGAAUAUAGUUCUGAGGGUGAUCAGCACGAUCAGCACCUCUACCAUGAAGACCGGCCUUGUGAGCAACAUCCUUAUAUGGAGGAUGAUGAGGACACACAUGUUUAUAAAGAAAUAGAGGAAAAGCAUGAGGAAAAGCCAUUCGUCCAUCAAAGAGUGGAGAUCAGACAACAGCCUCCAUCGGAUGAGGAAUACCCUGAGGUUGAUGAGGUCGAGGGUCCGGCAGAUGAACCUCAGUACACAGAGGUCACUGCUGAGGUUAUUGAGGUCAUUGAGGGAGAGGACGACGAGGUGGAUGAUGGCAUCCUGGAAACCACGACGACCACUGUUUACACUGAGGAAAAACAGGAAGGAGACCUACACACUGAGAUUAUUCGUGAACACACAAGAACAGAACGUACAUACACUGUUACAGAAAUCAUAGACAAGGAUGGCCAGCCUGUAGCAGACUUGCAGGUUGUUGAGGACUUUGUUAGGGUUACAAAAGACAGCCAGGAUUUAGAGGAUGUAGAUAGGAAAGAUAAGGAUGAGGAUGUUUUAUGUGAUAACCAUGAGGAUAUUGAGGAAAUGGAGGUAGAUAGGAAGGAAUUCCACGAGGAGGAAAUAAGGGAGACAAUCAAACAGAAGGAGGAAACCAAGGAAAUAUUCCAACAGAAGGAGGAAACAAAGGAAAUAUUCCAACAGAAGGAGGAAUCAAGGGAGACAAUACAGCAGGAGGAAACAAGGGAGGUUACUCAAAAGGAGCAGGAAAUUGACCUAUUACAAUAUGAAGAACAUGAAAUUGACAGAUCAGAAUCUAAAGUAGAGACAAUGACAGACUCCAUUGAGUAUAUACAGCCAAUAGAAAGUGAUAGAAGCAUGGCUGUCCCUUUCACUGAUCAUGACUUGCCAGAACCAGCAGAUAUAGACAAAGAACAGGACAUAGAGGUAGAAAAACCCUCUCAAAGGGACAGGUUUUCAUCAGAAUCUGAUUCUGAUCCUGGACUUGGCAUUGAGGAGGGAUUCAUUGACAGGACUGAGGAGUUCAUCUGUAUCGACCGUACUGGAGAUUUGUUCGAGAAAGAACACAAAACAGGAGACCGUUCUCUUCAAAAUGAAACUCAAUUCCCAGAUCAGAUUUUUGAUGUGCCUGGAGGUUACACACAGCCAUCUUCUCAACAGGAUGACCUUCUCGAAGGUCCACGUGGAGAGGGGGUGGGGCAAGAUGACAUGAAGGAAACAGGGAUUGGGCAGACUGAGGAUGAUACAGACGACCAUACACAGGAAUCAUCAGAAAGCACUGAUGAUCCUGUGAUCUCCCGCAAAUUUUCCGCAGCACAAGUUGAUGAAUUUGAACACGAAAUUAGACGCGAACAGGAGGAAUUGGAUGAAAUCAUUCGGUCAGAAUCCUCCGUAGAACAGGUGACUCAAUCCGCUUACUCCACAGAGAAAGUUGUCCAAUCAGAAUCCACGUAUGAAAAACGUACGGAGGAGUCUUCUUUGAAAUCUUCGUCAUUCCUUAUGGAAUCAAAAGUAAUGGCAUCAACAUUUACUCCUAGUGAGCAUGGAACCGACACACCACAGAGUACGGACGAACGCCCACUUUCACCUAGCUCUUACACCCUUGAAACUGACACUGAUGUUGAUGACAAUACACACGUUGAGGAAAUCAAUAUGGACAUGGAGGAACGGGAGGAGCCCGAGGGCCGAAUGUCUACAGAUAUUUCUCAACAGAUCUUCAUUGAGCAGACAAUAAUGUCACAUAGCCGCGAAGAAACAUUUCAGGAGGGACAGAAUGUCAAUGAAUAUGUCGCUAAACAGGAUGAAGCAAAGGUGGACACUCAGCAAUUCUUCUCGGAUGAAAAAGGAAUGACAGAGGCCAUCAACGACCGGGAAGACAACAUAGACACACACAGCGAGGGAGAAUAUGAUGAUGAAGAGAUGGAUGAUUUGAAUUCAUUAGAAUCCAAACCCUUGGACUGUCCACCAUCUCCUUCAGAAUUCACGCUCAUCACUUCCCAGGAUCAGGAUACGCUCAAUAGAGUUCUCGGUCUGGCAGAUCAGGACGAGAUUCUUAUGGUAGAGAUGGAUAACCAGGAUGACCUUCAAGUGGCACCUAAGCAUGUGGAUCAACUGCAUGACCAAGGUAUGGCCGAGGAUGAGGAAAUUGAUGAAAACGAACUAAGGAUUACAGAAGACUUGCCGGAUGACACUGGAUCUAGCGAUAGGAGAGAUUUAGAACUAACCUCUGAUCCUAAAGCCACAUCCGAGAUGGCUCCCAUGCCAAUGCAAGUCCAGAAUCUAGCUUCGUCUCCAAACCGCUACAUAUCAUCAAGCUACGAAAAUGUUUAUGACGCUGUACCUCUGGACCCGGAGAAAAAUCGACUUUCAAUGGAUGCAAGCGAGUUAGAAAUAGGCGAUCGUUUCGACACGAAACAAUCACAGUCCCAUUUACAGUCAUGUGAACUAACCUCUAGUUAUGAACAGCUUUAUGCUAAAGAUGGAGGAAAAACACAGGAUGAUAUAGGUGAGUUACCUCCCCCCAACCCAGAUGUAGAUUCGUCGGCUUUUGUAGAACGCGUAGAAAGUAAAGUUCCGAGCAAGGCGUCUAGUUUUGUUAGUGGCAGUAUGCCUUCAUUUAAAACUCAUACUUGCCCCAUAUAUAUCACUGUCGAGGAGGGUCUCGACAAGCUUGUCUCUGACACAGACUCCCCGUCAUCACCUCUUCUGCGUCCUAAGGACUUCAAAGAGCGCUCCCUAUCUUAUGAGCUGUCGUUGGAGCCAAACCCCCUUGAUGGGCGGAUGAGACAUAAUUCCUCCCCGGAUAUGACUGCCUUCCAAAACGUCUGUGGUACCACUACCAACAGAGUCGAUACUAAGGAGCAGGAGAGGGUUGAUAAGGUUGACGAUAAUUUAGACGAAAGCUCUUCGAGUUCCGAGGACGCUCAGCUGGAUGACUUUGAUGAAAAUGAAGAAGAGCUUCGUGAUAGCAGUGAAGGCAAAACAGAGGAAACCGACGUUGAAGAGCAGUUCUCGCCCCUUCCUAAGCACUCUCCAAUACAUUCACCAAGACCAUCUCCCAAACAUUCACCCAAACCCAAAUUAGACCUAGAGUUUAGUCUACCAAACACGGUUUUUUCUUUCAACGAUACCCCUCCUGAGAAUGUGUCACCCAGUCUGAAUGAUGAUGAGGUAUCCCCAGUCGAAAGAGAAUCCCUCGAGGUGGCCAACAUGACAGCCAUAACCGUAGGUGUAUCUCCAUCAGAUUUCUUUCGAGAGGAGGAAGAAUAUGAAGAGGAAGAUGAGGAAGGAGGACAUCAUACAAGUUUCUUUGAUAAAGAUUUUAUGAAAAAUAUCCCUUCACCAUUUACUUAUCCAACGGUAAAAGAGACAAUACAACGGCAAGAAAUUACAGAACAAAAGCAAGAAACUGUAUCUAGUUCAUAUGAAAAACAGACAAUUUCUUCAACUGAAAAGAAGAUCUCUGUGUCAUCUGAAGAAUCAUACAAGUCUGAAGGAGCCAUAUCUCCAGCCGAUCUGGAAGAAAAACUCCGGUCGUUUUCCCUUACAGAACAGGAAGCAGAAGAGUUGGAAUUUGCGCGACAAAGCUCCAGCAUUUCCCACACAGAAACCAAACAAUCUACUUAUGACGUACGCAAUGAGGAACAUGUCUUUCACUCAGAAGAAAACAAAGAGAUAAAACAUGUUACACAAGAUGUAUUUAAGAGUCAGACCGUAGAAAAAGUCACUCAACAUUUCAGAGAGGAAUCUGUUCAAAAGACAUGGCAGGAAGUGCCAAAAGAUGAAGAAAGCCAUGAACCUUCAGAGGGUAAAUCGAAAGAGCAGGAAACAGUUGAAGUAACCAUGGUAAAUCAAACACAGGAUCAGCACUUAGUGCCUCCUCCAAUGGACUUACCUGUUGACACUUCAUCGGAGACAAGUUCCGAUGGAAACAAUGAAGUAUUUGAUGAAACUUCUGGCCAGUAUGUUAGUCUUCCGUGGGAAGUUGCCCAUCAAUAUAAGCGCCAGUUCUCUGACUCAUUGAUAGAACAAGAAAAGAAAACUACUUUUACUAGUGCUCAAUCUAUUGACCUUGGAACGUUCUUCCUGCGUGACCGUGAAGAGGAAACUCAGUAUGAUAGGGUGACAUGUGUUGAUCAGUCUGAAGAGUCAACACCGGUUCACCAGCCCCGAACUCAGCGAGUGCGAUUUGCUCUUUCACUGGAGGAGGACACGCACUACUAUCCACAGGAGAAUAGUAUGGACGAUAAUGAAGUAACACUGACUGAAAUAGACUAUGAUCAAUCUCCGGUACAGUUUGAACCACAUGACAACAUCACAGAUACACAUCAAAAGUUAGUCAUUGCCAGCAUCUUGGAAACCCGACGGAAGGAUCAAGAGAAUUUGAAAGCCAAGGAUAUGGAAACGAUGGCCUAUCCAGAGAUAUCACAUGAAGCCUACAGUCUUAACGAAAGAACUUAUCUCUCGCAGGGAACCAGUACUUUCGCAGAUCAUUCUACAAAAGAGGGAAAACGUUUGUCAGCAAUUUCUGAAGCUUCCGACACUAUGACCUCAUCCUAUAUGACAGCACAGACUUCAUUAGACACUUCCAUCAAUCGUUCAAUGAUUGACUCCUCUCAAUUUACAGAAACUUUCACAGGGGAAGAACUGUUUGCUCGUGACGACGUGACCACAGAAAUGUCGCUCACUCCUGUGAAGGAAUCGACGGGAAUUGACACAGAAGUUGUGAGUCGAGCCUCUCGCCUAGCCCAGCAGGAAAUGCUACAAGAGUAUGAAGAAGGUGAUCGUUCACAUUCCCCAUCUAGGGAUAUAGCAGCAACAUAUGUACCAAUGACCGAAAUGCAUGAGGAAGAGAACCAGUCAUACUCCCAGUCCUCACUGAAGUUCCCCAUGGCUCUACCGUGUUUGGGCAAGGCCCUGGCCGAUAAUGAAAUUUAUGAGUCUUCCGAAACUGGUGGCGAUACUACGGAGGAGAAGCUAUCCCCUAUCGAGGAAACACCUCAGGAUGAUUUCCCAGAGGAACAAGUUGAUACAGAUGUGAAACAAAAUGUUGAAAAACGAGUUACAUUUCAAACAGAGGUUCAAAAUCUCCCCUCAGUAUCCAGUGAUGAUCUUGUCAAAACUUCCACAUCAUCCUCGGAAAUGGAGCCAACAAUAUUAGCGGCAUCUUAUGAUCUGGACUCAGGACGUGUUUCUCGCGUCGUCGCUUCAUAUGAUAUGUCACCUGAUAGUGUAGAAAAACAGUUUCUGCCUGUACAGAGUACUACUAAAGCAAUACUUUCAAGUCCCGAAGAUGAUGUGUUUGAGGCUGCUGCUGAUGAAGAAGCUUCCAAGAAUUUACUUAUGGUGUCGGAUGCCUCAGGUCAUCGGGGAAGAUUACUGGACAAGAGUUCCGGCUCUGUUGAAUCCUGUCCCUCGCCCCCAGCCCCUACACCAAAGGACAUGUCAACUGUUCAUGAAACACGUCCAGACCUAGAAGGAGCAGCGAUUAAGCUUCAAGAUGAGGCAGACAAAGAUGAAAAACUGCUCAAGCAAUCGGAAGAAGCACACGAGGAACCUCUAGUGACACUGUCAGACCAAUCAGAAAGUGCUGGAGCUGAGGCAGCAGUUGUAACACAUGUUAUCACAGACGACUCCACAGAUAACGGGUCACCAUUUGAAGUCAUGUCUCCCAGUGAACUGCAAGGAUACGACCAGUAUAUUGACGAUAUGAAGACAGUGGAAAUGAUGAAGUCUUUUGAAUCAAUGACAACUAGUACCAGUAGUUUCUCAGAGCUCAGAACCGCUGACUUUUAUGCUGAGUUUGAACAGAAACAAGAUAUGGCUAUGACCUAUGACUUGUCCCCACUUGAACCUACAGCUCCUCCCCUGCCCGAAGUUAAGAGUGAAUCUUCCUUCGAGCAUUCAUCCCCUGUCAGUAGUGAACCUAGUGAGAAGGGACUGGGAUCCCCAUUUGAUCAUGUACCGUCUGAAUUUCUCCCAGACUUAAUUCAGGACUCCACAGUAGUUGGGGACCUACACGAAGUCACGGAGAAGGACCAGGCAGUUUGUCUUCCAAAUGGACCAACUGAGGUAGAAUACAACCCAGAAAUUGACUUUGACUUCACAGAAUCAGUGGAUCACGCCCUUCCUGAGCCUGAACAGCAACAACCAGAAAUGGUUCAGUCAAUGGAGAGUCAACCUGAUCUAAUCCAGUCAAUGUCCUCGGUGUCGUCUGCGCAAAGUUCCGCUGCAGCUAUUGAGAGUGAUUUUCUUGAGCACACAGACCAGGACAGUGGAUUCAAGGUUGAGGAAACACCAGAAAAACCGUUAGAGGAAACAUUAUGCAGUGAAGUUGACGAGGCAAAGCAAGAUGAACCGAAGGAUACCAUGUAUGGAUCACAAUCACAAGUCACUGAAAGUAUAAUGGAAGAAAUUGCUCUGCCUCCUGGAGACCAACUCUUGUCUUCGGAUCAAACACUAUACGGAUUGGACAUGCCGUCUGAAGAGACAGGUGCAUUCUCGCUUUCAAUAUCACAGAUGGAAGGUUCGGGACGUUUUGACACAGAACCAGAAUCUGAUUCGUUCGUAGGUCUUACGUCUCAAAUAGAUGAUGAUGUAUCUGAACAAAGUGAAUCGAAGAAUGUCGUCUUUAAUACAGAGGAACAACACGAUUCAGGACUGUCCCAUACCCACUACGACGCCAGUGACGACAUCGGGGAACCAUCGUCCGAGGGUAACCUUAUCGGGCUAGAAUCACAAAUGCCCCCAAAGGAACACAAAUUGGAAGAAAAAUCACCUGAAUUAAAGAAAGAGGAAAUCUACCAUGGAAAACGGGCUCUUGAGAUGGUAGACGUUACAAUGGUUGUCAAAGAUGAGCUUUUGGAAAAAGAAACCACUUCAGUGCCUGAUGAGCAUGCAUCAGCUAGUUUUGCAACCAACAGUUCCAUGGCCGGGUUUAAUAUGCCGGACACUAUAGAAUUCACUGGAGAGGUAUACCUAAAUGAGGAGUAUCAACAUGAACAGUAUCUUCAAGAGGAAUUCAUGGAAGAAGAUAUUUACAAACCAGAUGAAACGUUUAUGCAACAGGGUGAAGAACCGGAUGAUAAAGACGAUGAAAAUCUGCUUCUUGACUUCAAUAAGGACACAAGUGAUCAGGAAUCAUCCGGCAGACAGUCAAAAGAUCUCGAGUUAAUUUGUGGAAGCAAGGAUAUGGAAGACGACCCUUCAGACAAUUUUGAAUUUGAAGUUGACCUUGUUGAUUUAGAACGACCUACAACACCAACUCCUGUGGACACGAAACAACACAUGUUUCAGUUUGAUGACGAUCUUCCGGGAGAGGAAGGUGAAGAAAGGGAAGAAAUCGCUGUUACCGCCUCCGAGUUUGUAGAGUCAGUUUUAACAGAAGCACAGGCCAAAGUUACGACAGACGACGAUGAUAAACUAGAGGAACCUGAGGAAAGGGAAAAGGAUGAUGAAGAUAAAUUUAUCAUGACUGAUGAUUUUGAACUUCAAGGAGAUAAAGAUGAAAGUGACAAGCUAAGGGAAAGUGAGGACGAAGACAAAUUUUUCAUGACAGAUGAUGUUGAAACCAAAGAAGAGAAGAAAUUUGAUAUGUCGGAAAAUGUUGCGUUUAAACAAGAAGAAUUUACCAAGGUUUCAUCAUCUAGCGUUGAGUUUGAGCAAGAGGAAACCACCUCGGUUUCUACAUCUAGGGAAUUUACGUCUAGUCUUGAAACAACGGAGAGCUUCACUGUUAUCUCGUCUUCAUCAAAAGUUUCUUCCUCAACUUUUUCCUCGUCAACUCGACAACUGACAAAACAAAUUUCUGAGGACAUCCCUUCUAUCACAAUAACCCAGCAUCUCCAUGAGGAAGAGGAGGAGGAAGGAGAACAAAAGGAUUACCCUGCUUGCUACCAGGAAACUCCCAAAGACAAGGAAGAAGUAGCUGAAGAAUUUGUACCUACACAAUCCUCUUUUUCAGAGACAAUACCCUCCGAACACCAGAAACCAGUUAUCACAACCAAAUGCAUUCCAGAGGAAGAGGAAGAUGACGACAUGGUAAUGGAAGAAAGGUUAGAAAAGGUUGCCAUAGGAACAGCAAUGGCAGUUGCGUCUGAACGAGGCGACUUAGUAGAUGCUGGCAAGACCUGUAUCCCCGAGGAGGAAGACUCCAUGGAGGAGGAUGGUCGAGAGGAAGAAAUGGUGAUCAAGUCUUCCUCUCGUCCUCUCACCUUCACCGUUCCUGCACACACUGAUCUCACUGACUCGGGCAGAGACACCAUUGUUUCAGAAGCAGAUGAUCUGUUCCAUGACUCACUGGACAAGGAAGAUGAGCCACCUGUACCCCAACUACACUCUCCUGCUAUGGCGGAUAUGAUGAGUCUAGAAACCGAGAUCAAUCGGGAGGAUAAAGGUCAGCACCAUGACAGUGACCAGGACGAGGAUUCUCUGGACGGUUAUGAGGAAACACACGAGGAAGAAGAGUCCUCAACACUAGAACAAUCAACAGAUUUAACAACAAAAGUCACCCAUCAUUUUUUAGAUGAGACCGACUCAGUGACAGCCGCUGUAAUUCCAAAGCCGAUUUCAGCGUUGUCUCGCAUGGUAGAAAGUUUGUCUUCCUCCCCAGGAAAGACAGAGGCUGGUGCUGAGUCGAGAUCCGAUAAACAAACAGAACGUCAAGAAAUUAAAUAUGAAGCCUUUGAGAAUUUUGGAACUCAAACAAAUAAACCCGUCGAAAUGAAAUUUGACCAUUUUGGAGCUCCAACUUCCACUAUGAAAGUUACACAUCAUGAGGAAAAUCAACAGAUGGAAAUCAAAUUUGACCAUUUCAAGCCUGAACCUCUCCACCAUGAUGAUCAAAGGGAGGAGGAUACUGGAAGGACAAGAUCAGAAAGUGAAUGCGACUCCCUUAGUCACGAUGAUAACUCAAGUCUCGACAGUUUCACAACAGUUGUUCCUGCAAAUGAGGAGGGCCACGAAGAUGGGGACAGGAUGGAUGAUUUUGCAUCAAUGACAUCCUCAUUUCAUUCAGACAUUAUGGGUAUGAACCUUGAUGAUGAUAUUGCAAAGGACCUAGAGGGUCCUCUGAUAGAUUGGGGACCAGAGGAUGUGUACGGGGGUAAAGGUCAGGAAUCUGAGAAAACCACACCUAUUGUUGAACUGUCUCCCGAAAGCAUGCUACCAUCGGGCGACAAAGAUUUUAAACCACCAGCAACCACGCCAAUGGCUGCCACUUCCUGUCCAAUCUCGAUACAGACUGGAAGGAAGGUCAAGUCCCAAGACUCGGAUAUGGUGGAAUGGGCAGAUAAAGUACGUUCAAAACAUGACUGGGAUCACAGACACUCAGACUCGAGAUACAAGGGGGAAAAGGAGGAGGAGGAUUUGGAUGGACCUCUUAUUGACUGGAGAAAUCAGGAGGAGGAUCUUAGUUCGUCAGAGAAUGAAAGAUAUGAAUUCAUUGAUAAAAAUGCACUGUCCGUAAUCACAGAGAUGUCAGAAGAAGACCGAUUUGAAAUAUUAGAAAAGACUGAUUUGGAAUCCGAUACAUCAGAUAGACAUUACAGUUCGCCUGACAUGCCCAUGCCUAGCCCAGGGUUGGGAGGAUUUAAAUUACUGAGUCGGAGUGCAGACCGGGAUGACAUAUCUGUCACAUCCUCACUGCUGGAAUUUGAAAAACUUGAGCAUCAAUUUGGACAUUCCGGAUCUGCAAGUUCAUUGGAGGGCAAGGAAAGUCUUUCAAGUUCUAUGGAUGAUAAACAAUUUAUGUACAACAAAAGCACGGAACGAGAUGACAUAUCAGUGACAUCAUCUCUUGCUGAAUUUGAGCGAUUAGAGCAUGAUAUCGGUCAGUCAGGUUCUGCAGGAUCAGUGGAUAAAAUCACCCCUCCCGAUAGUAAAAGUAGUGACAUAUCUGGAUCAAAGUCAUCACUGGGUGGGCUGGACCGACUGGAAAAAGAUUUUCAGGAUGAUCGCCGAGGAUCAACGGAAAGUUUUACGCGUCGAAGCGAGACUUCAUCGUUGGCUUCACUUAAUGAUUUUGAGAAACUCGAGCAGGAGAUGGCUAUGGCACAAGAAUUAGAAGCAGAAGCACAAAAGAUUGUGUCAAUCCUUGAAUCAGGCACAUUACCACAACAAAGUGCCUCAGAAACCUUCAUAAAUAAGCAAUCUCCGACUACGGCAGUUAAAAAAGACAUGGACCAAGAUUCAAUUGAUGGCCGAGAUGACCUUGAGGACUCAUUAAGUGAUGAUACAAGGAAACGGACAUCUAAAGAGGAUGAGAUGGAGGCUGCGGAGGUUGACUCUUUGGAUGGGGAUUUGUCAGAGUUAACCUCAAUGACAUCCAGUGUGAUAUUUGCCCACAAGGAGCCAUGUGAUGCUGACUCACUCCACGAGACAGAUGGUGUUAUGAAAAUUUCUUCAGACUCUCUCGGUGAACAGUUGGGUGUUAAACCAAAAGAGUUUGACACAGAUUCACUCCAAGACCAGGACGGAAUCAUGGAACGUUCUAGCGACUCUCUUGAACUCAAGUCUUCAGACAACAGGUCAGACUCAUUAUUCAUUCCAGACGAUAUAAUGCAAACUUCAGCUGACUCACUCCAUCUUCCCGAAGACGCCAUGCAGACAUCUAUCACAUCUGUUGACUCACUACACGGGGUACCAGACAUCAUGCAGACCUCCAUUGACUCUCUUGGUGGACUCGACGAUGUCAUGCAGACAUCCACAGAUUCUGUACCUGGGCGAGAGGAUGUCAUGCAAACAUCAGCUGAUUCCCUAGAGUCAAUGGAUAUGCACUACGGUGGCAAGGAUAGUGGAUUGGAAUGCUCAAUGUGGAGUGUAAACAGUUCAAAUUUCUCGCGUUCGUCAGCGGAGACAAUGAGGUCUGUCGGCUCAUCAAGGAGCGAAUCAGGAAGCAUAGACAUCAUGCAGGUUUCAAAUGAAUCAUGGGAGAACAAAGGAAAAAAGUAUAUCAUGGACAACUACCAUAGCUACCGAACCACGGGCGCUGGAGCUAGCCCCUUCAUAGACUAUCAAAAUAAUUUACAUUCUGAAUUGACAAGCUUUCACAUUGAAGACAAUUACCAGUUUGGUUCCAAUAUUGAGGAUUUCGAUCAGGAAGAUAGACAAAAGCCUUUCUUGACACCUGGUCCGUACGAGGAAAAGAAAAAGAUAUUCACCAUGGCAGAAUGGGAAGCUUUGAAAAAGAAAAAGAAAUCCCCAAGUAGUGAGGAGGAUGAAGAUGAAGAGAAAUCUCCAAGCCAGGAAACCAAGGAUAACCCUAAUAUAGAACACAGUCAGCCUGUACCAAUUCAGCAGUCCUCAAAAACCACCCACCAGUUUUCAGAACAGAGUAGCCAUUUCUCUUCGCCCUCAUCAGUCGAAACAAUAAUGAGUCGGUCCUUUCUGUCCCAAUCUCCUGCCCAAUCUGGCCUGACCUUCACCUCCCACCAAGCCACAAGGUCAAGGUCGUCUGCAUCCUCAAGCAUGGAAACCACUACUAACAGAGGUAUAGAGAGACGUGAAGAAAUGGCAUCAGCCACUACAGCUUCAGAAAGAGUUGAUCCGCGACGUGUAGCGUCAAUUGAUGACGACGACUUUGCAGAAUAUGAUGUCACAGAACACAAGGAGUUGUCCCUAGGGAUACCCGAGCGGUUCGUACCCGUAGCUCAGAGAAGUGGUCCAAUUUAUUAUGAACCGGGAGAGGAAGACCAAGACUCUGAGGAAGAUGAAGUUCUCGACUUCACAACACCUAAACAUCUAGGUCAUCCAGAAGACAGACAACCCCAGGGAGCUGAGGGAGACGAGGAAGGAUCAGCAACACUAUACAUGAAGAAAGAGAUUCACACAAAGACUGUGUUGAAGGAGGGACAGGAACAGACGUUUGUCACGGAGGAGUCGCGUAUCCAACAGGACAAUGAACCCCCAGAGGAGCUCCGUGACAGUAUGAGACAAAUUAUUGACCAGUUCAUGGAACACGGAGGGGAAAAGGAGACUACCUCCAAAGCCCUGGAGCACGACGUGUAAUAACUCAUCAUAAAGAACAUUGAACAGUCAUAGGAGUUCCAUUAAAUCAUAUACAUAAGGCUUAACUUUUCGCAAAUUACAUUUAUGCCUGGUUUGCAUUUUCGCACACAGAUGACUUUUGUUAUUAAAGCUUAUGUUAUCAGUUUUUACGAUAAAUUGUGCAGAUUGGAUUUUGAAACAAUUUUUUAAUAAUGUACGAAACAUGUACAUCAUGUUACUUUGAAGAGUUUUUCCUUAAACGAAUUGUUUUUUUCUUAAAACGAAAAAAAUAUUCAAAUGUUAGUUUUAGUCAAGAUUUCUUGGCCCCUAUAGAAUACGAUUUUGCUUGUUAAAUAAUAAGAUAUGACAAUGUAUCUUUGCUUUAUAGUAUCAGUUUUAACUGCAUAAACUCCAAGUUCCAAUUAUAAAAUAGGAAUAAAUUUCUAACUUGAAUGUCAAGGAUUUUCACUCCUAGUUUAAAUAAAUGAGGUUCCAUUGUAUAUGGGCCCUCUGAGAUCUGAUAUGGCAGUACGGAGAAAAUUAUCAUAGAUCUGUAUAUUUUCUAAUUUCAUUAAUUCACCAUGCUUCAAGAUCGGUAUUAACUUGUUGAUAAUGUUGUAGAAUACUACUGUUUGCAUGAGCUGUUGCAGUACUUAUGUACUUAUAUCAUAUAUAUACAGUUUUGGAAAUGUAAUUGGAGCCUUGCUGUCUAUAAAUAGCUCCUCUGUUUUGUAAUGUUUAUCAAAGAUUUACAUAUUUUGUUGACAAUGAAUGCGUAGCUUCAUUGAUAACUUAUCUCUACAUUUAUGUACAGGUCUUCCUUCGUUUCUUGUUUUUUCAUUCCCAUUUCCUGUUUACCUUAUUAAGAAAAUUCAUUAUUUUUUUGUUUUAUGUUUUAUGUGUAUUCAAGAAAUGGAAACAAGACUAUUUUGUCAUGAAACUUAUACAGACUUACCAUUGAUUUACCACCAUUUAGUAAAGGACCCCAAUCAAACAAACCAUGUGCUUUCAGAGACAACAUAGGGAAAUCUACUUGUCCUUCUUCCAAAGACACAUGGAUUUCAUUGUAUACAAGGAUGGAUACCAAACACUGACAUACCCAAAAGAAAGUGUAUAGAUGGUUGGGGAGCUUUCCCUAAUCACGUUACUCGUCUCCGAGACUAUUAAACAACCCGUCAACAGUCUUGUGCACUGGACUGGAACUGGCCCUCCAGUUCCACUGCACAAUUCUUGCAAAGUAGUUAACAUUGUAAAAUUUGAAUGAUUGAACUUUCAAAUUGAUGUGAUUAUAUGAAUUUUUAAGUAAUUAAACUUCAAAAUUUAUGGUUGUGUGCAAGUGUGCCAGGGGAGACAACUUGAUCAUGAAGGGAGAUAAAUAUGUGAAAAGAAAACAAGAUCAGAGGUAAAAUGUGCAUGAAUUUAUUUCAAUUCAGAAGUUUCAGAAUGAAAAGUAGCAUCAUUAAUUGGUUAAUCAGUUUUGAUUGGAUCUUUUCUAGUGUACUUUUUCUUUGUGUGGCAUGCUCACUUUGUACUUACAUCAAACUUAACUUACUACUUAUAAUGAUUGAUUAAUAUAUAAACAAAAAUUACAUUUUUUUUCUAGAGAAACAACUGCUCUAGUAUGGUACAUAUUAAUUAUUGUAUUUAUAAGAUGCAAAGUCUGUUAUUCCUUACAAGUUGUAUAUUUAACAUUGGUAUUUUUCAUGUGAAAGGAACACAUGACUUAAAUAAUAGGUUUGGAAACUUUAAUGAGAAAAUGUGAAGGGAUUAUCUUGUUUAAUCCAAAUUGAUAUAAUUCCAGACUUUGCAUCUUUUCUUUUGAAACAUGACAUUUUUAAAUUGAGGAGAAAUGAAAGAUGAUAAAACAUUUAAAGGGAGAUGAUUUUUAUGAUUAAUUUGUACACUCCCUCCUGAUGAUUGUGUAAUAGAUACCUAUAUAUUUGUGCAUCUCUCUGACUACCCUCUGUAGGUCCAUGUUUGUACCCUUGUAUAGCCGCAUAUUUGAAAUAAAAGCUUCAUUACACAUA